ACCGCGGGUCAGCGACGGCGGCCGGGAGGCGGAAGCGGAGGGUGUUGUGGCUCCCAGGGCUGUUCGAGUAGCUGCUGCUGCUGAGGCGGCGGCGACUGCGUUGAGGUGGUGGCGGGGCUGCCGGCCUCGGGCCGCUCGGCCUCUCGGCUCGCCUUCCAGCCUCGCCUGAGCCCGCCGGGGCCCGCGCCGGCCAGCUCCUGCCCUAUGAGUGUGUCACUGGUUGUCAUCCGAUUGGAGCUCGCGGAACACUCGCCCGUCCCCGCCGGGUUCGGCUUCAGCGCCGCGGCCGGGGAAAUGUCUGAUGAGGAGAUAAAAAGGACGACACUAGCUUCAGCUGUAGCUUGUUUAGAAGGGAAGUCACCAGGAGAGAAAGUAGCAAUUAUCCAUCAGCAUCUCGGCCGUCGAGAAAUGACAGAUGUGAUCAUUGAGACCAUGAAAUCCAACCCAGAUGAACUGAAAACUACAGUGGAAGAAAGGAAGUCUUCAGAAGCCUCCCCCACUGCGCAAAGAAGUAAAGAUCACAGUAAGGAAUGCAUAAACACUGCCCCAGAUUCUCCAUCCAAACAGCUUCCAGACCAGAUUUCAUUCUUCAGUGGAAAUCCAUCAGUUGAAAUAGUUCAUGGUAUUAUGCACCUAUAUAAGACAAAUAAGAUGACCUCCUUAAAAGAAGAUGUGCGGCGCAGUGCCAUGCUGUGUAUUCUCACAGUCCCUGCUGCAAUGACCAGUCAUGACCUUAUGAAGUUUGUUGCCCCAUUUAACGAAGUAAUUGAACAAAUGAAAAUCAUCAGAGACUCUACUCCCAACCAAUAUAUGGUGCUGAUAAAGUUUAGUGCACAGGCUGAUGCAGAUAGUUUUUACAUGGCAUGCAAUGGCCGCCAGUUCAACUCAAUAGAAGAUGACGUUUGCCAGCUAGUGUAUGUGGAAAGAGCUGAAGUGCUCAAAUCUGAAGAUGGUGCCAGCCUCCCAGUGAUGGACCUGACUGAGCUCCCCAAGUGCACGGUGUGUCUGGAGCGCAUGGACGAGUCUGUGAAUGGCAUCCUCACAACGUUAUGUAACCACAGCUUCCACAGCCAGUGUCUUCAGCGCUGGGACGACACCACGUGUCCUGUUUGCCGGUACUGUCAAACGCCUGAGCCAGUAGAAGAAAAUAAGUGUUUUGAGUGUGGUGUUCAGGAAAAUCUUUGGAUUUGUUUAAUAUGCGGCCACAUAGGAUGUGGACGGUAUGUCAGUCGACAUGCUUAUAAGCACUUUGAGGAAACACAGCACACGUAUGCCAUGCAGCUUACCAACCAUCGAGUCUGGGACUAUGCUGGAGAUAACUAUGUUCAUCGACUGGUUGCAAGUAAAACAGAUGGAAAAAUAGUACAGUAUGAAUGUGAGGGGGAUACUUGCCAGGAAGAGAAAAUAGAUGCCUUGCAAUUAGAGUAUUCAUAUUUACUAACAAGUCAGCUGGAAUCUCAGCGAAUCUACUGGGAAAACAAGAUAGUUCGGAUAGAGAAGGACACAGCAGAGGAAGUAAGUCUGUUUGGUUUGGUGACUGCUGAAAUGCCACAUGGCAGGGCACUCUGGUGCACUCAACUAAACACGAAAGUGGCCAAACUCACCAACGAGCUCAAAGAGGAGCAGGAAAUGAACAAGUGUUUGCGAGCCAACCAAGUCCUCCUGCAGAACAAGUUAAAAGAGGAGGAGAGGGUGUUGAAAGAGACCUGUGACCAAAAAGAUCUGCAGAUCACCGAGAUCCAGGAGCAGCUGCGUGAUGUCAUGUUCUACCUGGAGACACAGCAGAAGAUCAACCAUCUGCCUGCUGAGACCCGGCAGGAAAUCCAAGAGGGACAGAUCAACAUUGCCAUGGCCUCAGCCUCGAGCCCUGCCUCUUCUGGGGGCAGUGGGAAGUUGUCCUCCAGGAAGGGCCGCAGCAAGAGGGGCAAGUGACCUUCAGAGCAACAGACAUCCCCGAGACUGUUCUCCCUGGCACCGUGAGGGUGUGCUGGGACCUUCAGCUAAAUGUGAGGGUGGGCCCUAAUAAGUACAAGUGAGGAUCAAGCCACAGUUGUUUGGCUCUUUCAUUUGCUGGUGUGUGAUGUAGUGAAUGUAGAGGGUGCUGAGUGGAGAGUUGAUGGAAAGGGGCUGCGUUUGAAAAGGUCUUAAGAGUUCCCUAACCUCAGACAUUCUAAUGACCAUUUUGCCUUCCUGCUUGGUAGAAGCCCCAACUCUGCUGUGCAUUUUUCCGUUGUAUUUAUGUAGUUGGUAUAUUUGACAUUGAGUUCUGGGGUAGGUUUAAGAUGUUAAGUUAUUUCUUGUAACCUCAAAGGUAAGGUUAUCUAGCACUAAAGCACCAAACCUCUCUGAGGUCAUAACAGCUGCUUUAAAGAGAGGUUUCCAUUGGCUACUGAGGAGUUAUGAAAAUUCCCUAGCAAUAGUGUCAUAUCAUUAUCAUCUCCCCCUUCCUCUAGGGAGUGGAGGAAUUGCUUGAAUGUUAUCUGAAAAGAGGCCUGGUAGUAAACCCGGCCCUGGCUCUUUACCAGCAGUCAUCUCUUCUUGCUCUGGGGCUAGCCAGGAAAAACAAACAACCCGGGGCAUAUUAGGUAGACUCAGUGUAGGAAAAAUGGUGGCAGCUCCACUGUUUAUUUUUGGUGACUUCAUACGUCAUUAUGAACUGCAAUUAAGGAGGAGGCUUAAUGGCUGUUCCCAAACUCAAACCUCAGAGUGGAUAUCCUAGCAUCUAGCAAGACUGAGUGGGGAGAUUUCUCAUCCGUGUGAAAAUGUAGAGUGAGGCCUCUGACUAGCUAAUUGUGUAUUUUGCUGGGUUCAGUAUUUUCUAAAUGUUUACAAAAUAUUGGGCUGCAUGUUCAGGUUGCAGCUAGAGGGAGCUUGGGCAGAUUUUCAAUUAUGCUUUCAAGAUAUAACCAAAGGCUGUUUCUAAAUCCUAAAAUUAGAAUUUCAACAGAGCCCCCUUUAAAACAGUCAUAUAAUGCUUGUGUGGGCCAACAGAGGGGCUGUGUACUCUCUCUGGAACCAUAAAUGUCAAGUAAUUCAUAACCUGCAGUAAUUGAGCAAACUUAAGACCUGUGUUGGAAUUUAGUUUCUUGAAGAGGUAGAGGGACAGGUUACCAAGAUAUAUUGUUAAAUGAGGGGUUUUGGUUUUUGCUUUAUAAUUAGCCAAAGGUUUUCAAAUGAUCACAUUUCAGAAUAGGUUUUUAUCCUGUAAUUAGACCUCAUCCCCUUUGACCUAAAUACAUGUUACUUGUUAGCACAUCAACUAUUGCUAAUCACCGUCCAUUUUUGUGGGAUGUGCUGCAGCAUUUCCCAAAAAACUUUACCUGUAAUGUUGCAAAAUGAAUGUACUCAGACAUUAAUUUUUACUUAGGGAAGACCAACUCUUUGAGUCUCUCUUGGACUUAUAUAUACAGAUAUCUUAAGAGUGGGAAUGUAAAGCAUAACCUAAUUCUCUUUCCUAUAGAGAUUCUAUUUUAUUUAAAAUCUAUUUUUACACUAGUUAGAAUCCUGCUGUUUUGGCCAAGUAGUUGUCUUGCAUGUCUGACCUUGCAGAAGCUGUGGUGGAUCAUAGCAUACUAAUGAAGAGAAUUAGAAGUAGUUUACAAAGCUCGCUCGCUCAUUUCUCUGUGAUCCCCUCUAUCCAGCGGCUCCACCACCACCUGGGAAAACAGAUUUUUCAGCACAGGUGGGAUAAAUGCUCUGAAAGGCUGUGCCCAGAGGAAUGAGCAAGUAGGCAAAUGUUUCCAAACUACUUGAAGGUUUUAAAAAAAAAGUUCCAGAAAAAUCUUACCAGGAUAUGUAAAGAAAAUGUGUGUGUGUGUGUGUGUGUGUGAGAUAAAAACAAGGAGUCAUGUUUGAAUUUCACAAUAUCACAUCAGACAGAAGCUGUUUUCUUCAGGAUGGAAAUGAACCACUUAAUAUACCCAUACUACCUUGAACAAUGAAAUUGAAUUAAAAUAGCCAGACUUUGAAA